UUUCUCUCUCUUCUUGCCAUGAUCACUCCCAAAUUCUCGUGUAGUCAGACGGCGGACGCAGUCAUCAUACGGAUGUAUUGCCCUUCUGUUCGCGCAGCCGAUGUCGAGAUCCACGUCGAAGACACACUUUUCAGUGUGCAUAUCAACCCUUACUUUCUGCGACUAAACUUUUCCCAUCCGGUGGUGGAGGACGACGAUCAGGCUAACGCGACAUACGAUGCCGGCGAAGGAUGGCUUACGGUGACCCUUGUGAAGCAAGAGAAAGGCCAGGAGUUCGCAGAUCUGGAUUUGUUGGGGAAGCUAUUGGCGCCGAAGCCGUCUGCGCCAAGACAGCCAGAGAUCGAGGUCAUUGGGAGCGAGGAGGACGAGCUUGUUGCUCAAACAGAGGGACUGUCGCUGUCCUCUGAGCAGCAAGAAAUUCUACUCGCGGAGGAGAACGACUGGCAAAUACCACAGACAAUACCGGACGAGUCAUCGUCUAUAUCGCUCUCUUUGACACAAUCGUAUGGCUUCCUGAACCGAUAUACUGGCUACUUCACACACGUCGCACAUACCGAAAACGAAGUCAACGAGCUGGGUGCUGAGGCCGAACGCCUGACGCCUGGUGAGCGAAGGCAGAAACGCUUUGACCGUGAAGAUGACAAGUUCGACGACGAGUACUACAUGGCGGACUAUGCCGCAGACGAGCAUGUCCAAGAGCUUCUACUUUGGAAGAAUCCACAUAUCGAGUCGACAACUGAAUCUUUUGAGUUCACAGAAGAAGAGAAGUUGGCUUUAUUAACGCUUCCUCGCAGGGAAUAUCUUGCAUCGCCACAAGAGUCAAGUGCCCUUUACCUUACACUUGCGACUAUUCUAUUUGCUUACUCCUACGACGCGCGAACAACCGAGGGAGAACCAACGCCGGAAAGCGCAUGGACGAUAUGCUCUCUUACUCCUGCCUUUGCUGCACUCGACCCAGCGCCAUAUUCUAUCGAGCCAACUUCUGAGAUCACACCCAUGGACCUUCUUGCGACAUUCGUCCAAUCUUAUCGUCGCACGCUCGCAUUCCCUCUCCAUCGCUCCUUCAUACUCGCCGAAGCCUGUCGGAACGAUACCGCCCGUCUUUUGGUUACUGGAAAGCGUGCGAUCCUGCGGGUGCUACUCCGGAUGAAGGACAUUCUCGCCCACCACGAGGUUUACUAUGUCUACAACAAGAUAUGGGUCGAGGAUUUCUGUGUCUGGGUGCAAAGUACUGCGAGCGAUGACGUUCUGCGAAGUUUGGGCACCGUGUUACUGUCUCCUGGCUUCCGGAUACCGAGAGGCGCGAUUGGCUGGGACCUGGAGGAUCUGGAAGAGUUUACAAGGGAGAAAGAGGGGGGGGACCGAUAG